AUGAACCGUGACAGUGUAGACCUGGGCCACCCCACCCUCUCCUGCACCUUCCUCCCUCUCCUGGGCAAGCUUGGAAACCCCUGGGUGCUAAGCAGGGCCCGGCCGGAUGCCCAGACACCGCCCAUGGCCAUGCCCAACAUCCCCUGGCUGACCAGGACGGAGCAGGCCACCAUGGAGAGGCUGCUGCUGACCACCCUGCUGCUGCCCCUGCUGGCAGUGGACUCGGCGACUUCAAACCUGGAGGGGCAGUCGCUCCUCUUCCCCUGGGAGUCGGCCACCGACUACGUGUUGCUGACGCCACAACAGCAGAAGCCGCUGCACAACUUCACGCUCUGCAUGAAGGCCUUCUCCGACCUCACGCGUGGCUACAGCCUCCUCUCUUACGCAACCAGAUCCCAUAGCAACGCGCUGCUGCUGCACGUGAAUAGGCCGGGCGAGUUCUCCCUGUCCAUCGGCGACUCCGAGAUCGUCUUCAGGACCCCCCAGUCCUGGCAGGGCCCCUCCCACGUUUGUGUCUCCUGGGAAUCUGCCACUGGCAUUGCCACCCUCUGGAUGAACGGGUGGAUCCUGGGGAGGAAAGGCGUUAACAAAGGCUAUGUCCUGGAAGGGGAGGCCAGUAUCAUCCUGGGGCAGGACCAGGACUCAUUCGGGGGCGGCUUCGAAGCGAAACAGUCCCUGGUGGGGGAGGUGUGGGAUGUGCGCCUCUGGGACAGGGUUAUGAACAUAACAGACGUGUUGUUUACCCACGAAAACAGCAACCUUCUCGACUGGCACUCGCUCACCUUCCGGUCCUUCGGCGACGUGGUGAUCAAGCCCAAGCUUUGGCUUUAG